AAAAAAAAAACCAUUUCUCGUAAAAACAUGAGAAAAGGUGAGAGUGAGUGAGAUUGAAUUUAAGGUAUGGCUGAGCAGAGUGCUGUGUCUCUUGUUUGAGUUUAAGUGUGCAGAAAUGGGGCAAGCUCCUUCCACCCACGGCCACGGCUAUUCUCCCGGCGCCUCCAAUCGCUUUCACGACCACCACCACCACCACCACCAUCUCUGCGACUCCUCCAAUUCCGAUUUCCACCUCUUGGACCACACAGCCGAGAUCCCCGACGAGUGCUUGGCUCUCAUCUUCCAAUCCCUCCCCUCCGCCGACAGGAACUCCUGCUCCUUGGUCUCCCGCCGCUGGCUCUCCGUCGACUCCCAGAGCCGCCACCGCCUCGCCCUCAACGCCUCCUCCUCCCUCUCCCCCGACCUCCCCUCCCUCCUCUCCCGAUUCGACUCCGUCACCAAGCUCGCCCUCCGCUGCGACCGCAAAUCCGUCAGCAUCGACGACGACGCCCUCUCCCUCAUCUCCCUCCGCUGCCCCAACCUCUCCCGCCUCAAGCUCCGCGGCUGCCGCGAGAUCUCCGAUGUCGGGAUGCUUGCCCUAGCCUCCAAUUGCAAAUCCCUCCGCAAAUUCUCCUGCGGAUCCUGUAUGUUUGGGGCCAAAGGCAUCAACGCCCUCCUCGACAACUCCUCCUCCCUGGAAGAGCUCUCCGUCAAGCGAUUGCGCGGAAUCAACGACGGAUUCGCCGCCGAGCCAAUCGGCCCCGGCGCCGCCGCCGCUUCAAUCAAAUCAAUUACGCUCAAGGAGCUCUACAACGGUCAGUGCUUCGCUCCUUUGAUUGUUGGAUCUAAGAAUUUGAAAACGCUCAAGAUUUUGAGGUGUUUGGGGGAUUGGGAUCGAUUGCUCGAGAGCAUCACUUUGGGGAAAAAUUGUUUAUCAGAGAUUCAUUUAGAGAGGCUGCAGUUGAGCGAUUUCGGUUUAAUUGCGAUUUCCAAGUGCCCUAAUUUGGAGAUUUUUCACCUGGUGAAAGCGCCUGAUUGCUCCAAUUUGGGGAUUUUAGCGAUUGCUGAGAAUUGUAGGGUUUUGAGAAAAGUCCACAUUGAUGGGUGGAGGACUAACAGAAUUGGGGAUGAGGGUUUGCUCGGCAUUGCGAAGAACAGUGCGAAUCUCGUUGAAUUAGUCCUGAUUGGAGUGAAUCUGAGCUCCGCGAGCUUGACUGCGAUGGCGAUGAACUGCCAGAAAUUGGAGAGAUUAGCUCUGUGUGGGAGUGAGACUAUCGGAGACGAUGAGAUCACUUGCGUUGCAGCUAAAUGUGUAGCAUUAAAGAAGCUCUGCAUAAAGGGAUGUCGCGUGACGGAUUCAGGGAUCGAGGCGUUUGCGUUCGGGUGCCCUAAUUUGGUGAAGAUCAAGGUGAAGAAGUGCAGGGGGGUGACGGCUGAGGUUGCAGAUUGGCUGAGGGCAAGGAGGGUGACGCUGUCGGUGAGCUUGGAUGCCGAUGAGGUGGAGCCUGAGGCUGCCACAGCCACGGAUUACUCGCUCGACUUGCCUCCAAUAGGCCAUGCUCCUCCGACUACGAGCAAUGCAGCAGCAGCGCCGAGGCUCCAGAAUAAGUCCAGGCUUAGCCUUCUUGCUGGAAGGGCCCUUGUGGCUUGUUCUUUUAGAAGGUUAUCAAACGCCAACACUUCUUCAAAUCCAUAGAGAUGCAUUGUUUUCUUGAUUCAAUCUUGAUGUUGUUUGUGUGUAAACUGUCCAAUUCACAAAGAUCCCUUUUUUACUAUAAUGUUCAACAUGAUAUGGUUAUAUCUUUGCUUCUUGA